AUGAGAGAUCGGGCGGAACCUUUCGCAGAUCCGCAAAAGGCUCUUAUACCAACUGUUCAAACAAGAAUUUCACGGCCACUACAGUUUGCCGGAUUAGAUUAUGGUGGUCCGAUGAUCGUUACAUUUGACUCAGAAAGAAUAAAGAUCUGGAUUUGUCUGCUGUAUACCUGCUUGACAUCAGGAGCCGUUCCUCUUGAUUUCGUCAAAAGUUUAAGUCCCGAGAUAUUUCUGAACUGUUUUGACGUUUUACCGCGAGUAGAGGAGCCCCGUGCGUUAUAUGCUCUG